AUGGGCUCAAUGGGGGUCGACUCGUCCUUUACUCUGGAAGCUCUCAUCAACGAGCACCCCGAUGUAUCAAGCGCGCGAGUUCUGAAAUUGAACUCCGCCGCUUCCAGCAUCACCGCAGUCCUCAUCCUGUCAUUGACCGACAAAGCCAGCUCGCGAUCGACGACGACAGCUACCAUUCAAAAGCUACAUACCGACUUCACAAUUUCGGUCGCAAGACAAACCGAGGAAGAAGUCCUCGAGGUUCCGAGAGCAUGGAUCCUGUUUGAGCCCGUCGCUGGCGACAAAAUCUCGAGCAUGGACGCCGGGACCGUUGACUCUAUACUGAGCAUGAGCCAUUCUGAAAAUAAUAUUGAAGAGCAAGUUUGGGCCGUUGUGGCGGGUGUGCUCCAGCUGUCGCCCAAAAAGGUGCGCCAGGCAACGUCCUUCACGAGCAUUGGUGGCACUGCCCGCUCAGCCAUCGAGGUCCAAACACGAUGCAUGAAAAAAGGCAUUAUACUCUCCAUCACCAAUAUUCUCAGCGGCAAAGACCUCCAUCACGUUGCCGAGCGCGCUUGUCUGCUCCUGAAGUAUGGCGCGCACCCCACCAAAGACCACGCCACGGAGCCUGAUCUCGUCGAUGCGCCGCUGCCAUCCUGGGGCAUCUCGGAGAAACAAUACAAGGAAACAGUUUCGGGCUAUUUUAGUCUCGAUCUCUCCGGAAGGCUCGCCGCUGUGGGCACGGAGCCGUUUCCUCUGCGCAAAAGCCUUGCGCUGCUUUUGCACGCGACGUUGGCGCCAUUUCGCGAACUGAGGCCGAAUCGCGACAGCAUCGCCGUCGUGGUGAAGAAUUGCUAUACUGGGAACCACAAAAUUUUGCGCGUCGACCUGCUUCGACUAGGGAAUUCAUAUGCAAGUCUGCGCUAUUUGGAAACCCUGCUCGCAGAUGCGGAGCUGCGACCUGGCGUAUGGUUUUCAGGCACGGCAGAGGUUGUGCUUCAGUAUGAAGAGGGCAACUUGUGCGAUCGGCAAAAAGAGCCGCGAGAGCCGGAGGAUGCUACGGCCUAUUUUCCUUCCCUAUUUGCGAUCAAUGUUCACAAGGAGAAUGCGAGACUGUGCCUCCAGCUCCAGAGCCCCAGGUGUCUUGACACCGAGGGCUUCUCGGCCGAGUGGCUGAGGUCCUGCGAGGCUUCGCUCGAGGCAUUUGCCGCUGAGCCUGACAACUUGAUCGCUUCAAAGUUUUGGGAGGGGAAGCUGAGCCACCUUGCGCCUGCCACCUUCCCAAGUCGCUCCGCAUCCCACCAAAAGGCCGCGACGUUGGCUACGAUUGUUCCUGUCCCGAAGCAGGCUGGUGAUACAGAUAGCGUGUGCUCAAUUGUUCAAGCUGCAUGGGCCAUUGUACUUGGCCGCUACAAUGACAAUAUCGAUGUUUGCUAUGACACUUCUGUGUCUCCCAUCAAUUCCAUUUUUGGGCCUGAUGAGGCCGUUUCAUACAUGCUGCCCAUGAGAGUCGCUCUUGAGGGCAAGACGCCAGUGUCCGAGCUUUUGCAAACAGUGUCGCAUAUUUCCCGCGAUAUCGCUGUCAUUAUAAACCAGGCCGAAGACCUGCAAGAAGCUACCCGCUCCGCGGUGAAUGCAAGCACCUAUCCUCUCGAGCUCCAUGUUCAAAUAAAAGAGUCCAGCAUCGAGAUCAAGUUCAUCUACGACACAGACGCAAUCGCCGAAAUUCAGUGCACAGCUCUCGCGAACCAGCUUCAGCAUGUUAUCUCGCAACUCUCGACCCUUGAUAGCGAGCCUUUGCAGAGCGUCGCAAUUGCUGGACCAUGGGACUUGAAGCAGGCAUUGGAGUGGAAUGGUCCGCCUAUGCCCGUUUACCAUCAGUGCAUCCAUCAUCUCAUUGCCGACCGCGCAAUGCGCGACCCCGAGCGUGAAGCCAUCUACACAGCGGAGACGUCAAUGACUUAUGCGGCCCUCGAGGAGGAAGCAGGACUUCUUGCCGCACACAUUGUUUCUCUUGGUAUUGCGCCACAGACAGUGAUUCCUAUCUGCUUCGCUUCUUCGAAAUGGGCAAUUGUGGCGAUGGUUGGAGUGAUGAAGGCUGGAUGCAUUUUUAUGCCUCUGGAUCCGUCGCAUCCCGAGAGUCGCAGACAAGGUCUUAUUGCUCAGGUCGGUGCCGACACUGUGAUUGCAUCCUCUCGAACCGCCGCGAUCUGCCAAAGAAUGUGCCCAAAUGUGGUGGUUCUCGACGAUCUAUUUAUUGCCGAAAAGUUGUUACAGCUACAGAACAAGGAUAUCCCGAUGCGCGCUUGCUCGCCCAACGACGCUGCGUACAUUCUGUUUACGUCUGGAUCGACUGGAGUACCGAAGGGUGUUCAAGUGGAACACUCUGCCGCAUCAAGCAGUAUUAUGAACUUCGGAAGGAAGCACGAAGCGACGAAUGAGAUGCGAAUGCUGUCAUUCGCAAGCUAUGCUUUUGAUGCCUGCAUUUACGAGAUCUUUGUUCCUCUUGUACUUGGUGGUGCAGUCUGCAUCCCCCCUGAAGAGCGCAGACUGGAAAAUAUAUCGCCUUUUCUCGCCGAGGCGCGCGUCACAGCCGCUCUUCUCACCCCCUCUUAUGUCAAGACUUUGGAUCCUGACCAGCUGCCCACCAUCGACACUCUAAUCAUCGCUGGUGAAGCGGCAACUCUGGAUGUGCUUCACACCUGGCAGAAUCGCGUCCGACUCAUCAACUGCUACGGACCUACGGAGACUUGUGUAUCAGUCAUGACAUACACAUAUGACCCCGAUUUCAAGUAUACUGCCUCAACAAGAAUAGGAACGAAUGUGCACGGGAACUGCUGGAUUGUUGAACCUGACAACCAUAACCGUCUCACUCCAAUAGGCUGCACCGGCGAACUCAUUGUUCAAAGUCAUGCCAUGGCUCGCGAAUACUACAAGGCACCGGAGAAGACCGCUGCUUCCUUUAUUAGCCAUGUGGAGAUUUUCCCUGCCUCCACUCCAAUGCGAACAGCAAGAUGCUACAAGACUGGUGAUCUUGUGAAAUACAAUGCGGAUGGCACUCUCGAGUAUCAAGGCCGCAAGGACAACCAGAUCAAACUUCGCGGGCAGCGCCUAGAACCCAGCGAAAUCGAGCAUGUCAUGAACUUGGCGGAUGACCGUAUCCAGAGCACGGCGGUUCAUCUGACCAAGCGCAAGGCCGGAAACUCCUUGGUGGCUUUCAUCGACUUCAAAGAGCCACUCGACCGGACCAAGACUGUCGGGCUCGCCAAAAACGACCUAAUCCCUGUAUAUCCGGCGAUGGAAGAGCUUCUUGCUGACCUGCGCACAUACGUGGCGACGCGACUGCCGAAGUUCAUGGUGCCGUCAUUCUUCGUGCCGCUGAAUGAAAUGCCAUUUGUCACCUCAAUGAAGAUCGAUCGCAAGGGUCUCCAGGGACUUGCUGAUAGCUUAUCUAUCGAGGAACUAUCGAAAUACUCCGCCGCAACCUCGGGUUCAGACACAGUGGCACCCGUUACUCCAGAGGAGUUUGCCAUGAGAGAUCUCUGGGCUACGAUUCUCAACGUUAAUCCCGCCACAAUUAGUAGAGACAACAGUUUCUUGCAUAUUGGCGGUGACAGUAUCUCCGCCAUACACCUGUCAUCUCUCGCGAGGAAGAAUGGUCUUGAGCUGUCUACUGCGGCCAUUUUUAGAGACUCCAGGUUGUCUGUGAUGGCUGAAGUCGCAAAGCCAUUUGAGAUCAAGAGCAAGGAGACCGACGACGGCAUCGAACCUUUCAGCAUUCUCCAAACCGAAGAUCUUACUAACACCCUAUACGAGCUACGAUCCAUCUGUCGUCUCCGGGACGGCGAAGUAAUUGAUGACGCCUACCCUUGCACUGCUUUGCAAGAAGGACUUCUCGCACUCGGCGUCAAGCACCCGGGUUCUUACAUUGCCAAAUUCGUGUAUCGCCUCGACGAUAACAUUGAUAUUGUACGCUUCAAAGCUGCUUGGGAGUACCUUUGCGACACCUGCGAGAAUAUGCGCGUCCGCAUUGUGAAGCUGGGAACCGAUUCUAUUCAGACGCUGGUCCGCGGCGAUUUUGCCUGGGAGCCGACCAAAAACGUGAGCCUUAACAAAUUUCUCGAAGUGGCACAGAACAUGAACAUGUCCUACGGAUCCAAGCUUUCCCGUUCAGCUCUCAUUAAGGAAUCUUCUGGAAAGAAGUACUUCGUCUGGGUUACACAUCACGCGGUCUUUGAUGGCUGGACCGUCAUGCUCGUCCUGAAUGCGCUCAAGGAACUCUACCAGGGUAAUAACAAACCCGCAUUUACGCCUUAUUCCGGCUUCGUCAAAUACGCAAGCGGCAUGGAUAUGGAUAGCGCCUGCAAUUAUUGGAAGAGACAACUUCGUGGAGCACAGCCGCCGGCGUUCCCUUCGGGCCAGGUCACCGCCGCACCCGCCAAUUCAUCUGGAAAAGUGACUCGGCUUAUGAAGCACGACAUACCUUUUCCGGCUUCCACAAAAACGGACAUUACAAAAGGAACUAUUUUGCGUGCAGCUUGGGCACUGGCAUUGGCUCGAUAUGGCAACACCGAUGACGUGUGCUUUGGUGCGACGGCUUCCGGUCGCAAUGCGAACGUCGAAGGCAUUUCCAACAUGACAGGAACAGUCAUUGGCACUGUUCCCGUGCGCGUGAAGAUUGACCCAACUAAAUCCAUUCGCGACUUCUUGGCGGACGUCCAGAGCCAGGCUUUGGAGAUGGUUCCGUAUGAGCAGUACGGUUUCCAGAACAUUGCCAAGAUCAGCCCUGAAGUCAAGGCUGCGUCAGAUGUCACUAGCCUGUUGAUUGUGCAGCCUCAGCAGCAGGUUGAGGUUAUGGAAAGCGGAACCUCGGCCUUCAUGAGGACCGCUUCUCACGAUGAAUAUUCUGUGCUGGAUACAAUGGAGGGCUACUUUACGUUCCCGAUCGUCAUCCAAUGCCCCGUGUACUCGGACCACGUCACGAUCGACUUCACAUACGACAGCAGUGUGGUGUCGGAGCAGCAAAUGCAAAGCUUGUGCUAUCAUCUGGAGAGUAUUGUCGGCCAACUGCUUGCUCAAGAUGAUUCGAAGCUGGGUGACGUUGCUGUAGCCGGAGCUUGGGAUAUGGAAAAGGCCAUUGCCUUCAAUAGCCACAUUCAGGAAGUUGUUUCCGAUACAUGCCUUCACGACCUUAUUGCGAAGCAUGCGACUGAAUCUCCCGAUAACGAAGCGAUUUACUCUACUGAAAUGUCAAUGACAUACGCAGAGCUUGAGAGGGCGUCUUCGCUUCUCGCGUGGCAUCUCAUGAAUCUUGGAGUGACGCAGGAAACAGUGGUGCCGAUUUGUUUCGAAAAGUCUAUCUGGACUAUCAUUGCCAUGCUCGGUAUUAUGAAAGCAGGGGGAGUUUUCAUGCCGAUGGAUCCCACGCAUCCUUACGAUCGCAGAGCGGCUUUGAUCAAGCAGGUUGAUGCCCAGUACAUUCUCACAUCUGUCGACAGUGCCUCAUCCUGCGACAAAAUCGCCGAGCACAUCAUUAUUUUAUCCAGUUCUUUAUUGGCCGAAGUUGCGUCUUCAAGGAGCGUGGAAAAUGUCGCUUUCAAUUCAGAUCCCUCGUCCGCAGCCUACAUCCUAUUCACAUCCGGAUCCACCGGUCAGCCCAAGGGCAUCGUGGUGGAACACACUGCGAUUUGCUCCAGUAUGAUCAGCCAUGGCAAAGAAUUUGGCCUUUCCAAGUCCUCGAGGGUUCUUCAGUUUGCCAGCUAUGUGUUUGAUGUCAGCGUUUCCGAGAUACUCACAACUCUUGUCUACGGCGGCACCGUCUGUGUCCCAUCGGGUACCGAGCGUAUGCAAGAUAUCGCGAGUUUCAUCAACAAAGCCCAGACUGAUGUCGCAAUGCUUACGCCAUCAUUUGUCACCACCUUUGGCCCCAAGGACGUGCCAAAUUUGAAAGUCUUGAUUCUUGGUGGCGAGGCGCCGACGAAGACCACGCUAUCCACCUGGCAGCCACAUGUCAGAUUACUGAAUGGAUAUGCCCCAGCAGAGUGUUGUAUUUAUGCCUUGACCCAUACUUACCAAUCCGUAGACGAACUACCCACAAUUCUAGGAAAGGGCAUACAUACAAACUGUUGGAUCGUUGAGCCAGACAAUCACGAUCGCCUCGCACCCAUUGGCUGCGUCGGUGAGCUCGUCAUCCAAGGAAAUACCAUCGGUCGCGGCUAUGUCAAUGAUCCAGAGAAAACCUCAAAGGCGUUUUUGGACAACCUGAGUUGGCUUCCUAAGCAGCUAGCCAAGUCCAAUCACCGCUACUACAAGUCCGGCGACCUGGUUAGGUACGAUGAGAAUGGCGAUAUUGAAUAUCUCGGAAGAAAAGACACGCAAGUCAAACUUCGAGGUCAGCGAAUUGAGCUAGGAGAGAUCGAGUACAAUAUUCAGCAGUCACUCGAGGGUGUCAAGUAUGCCACUGUGGAGGUUGUGCGGCGCGGCCAACGUGAAGCACUUGUUGCUUUCAUCAGCUUUGAAGAUACCGAUAACGACACCGCCAAUGACGCUUUUCAGAACGACGGAAACUUGAUUCGGACAGUGACUCCUGAGCUUAAAACACGAUUUCAAGGCCUCCUCACUGAUUUGCAGGCGAAGCUUCCCCCAUUUAUGGUUCCUGGCUUGUUCAUGGCGCUCCACCGAACACCUUUCCUCAGCUCAAUGAAGGUAAACCGCAAGACUUUGCGCAAUUUGAUUGACAAGAUGUCAGCGAACGAGUACUCCCAACUGUCGCUGUCGAAGAACGAAGACAAAAGCGCUCCCAUGUCCGACAUGGAAGCGAAGUUCCGCGACUUGUGGGCUGAGACGCUCGGCAUCAGCCCAGAGGUGAUUGGUAGAAAUGACAGUUUCUUCCAACUUGGUGGUGAUUCGAUAUCUGCCUUGAAUCUCUCUUCUCUGGCGCAAAAAGAAGGAAUUUUUGUCUCUAUGAGCAAAAUGCUUGUCGACCCUGCGUUGGCGGCCAUGGCGGAUGCCGCCGCCCAAGACGACACUCUAUUCAUCCCUGCACUACCGUUCGAGCUCUUGGAUAAAUCGGCUGCUAGUAGCAUAAUCCACGAAGCCUACCGGAAGUGCAAUCUGCGAACCGAAAGGGAGAUUGAAGACAUAUUCCCCUGCACUGCUUUUCAAGAGGGUCUUAUUGCGCUAUCAGUCAGACAGCCCGGCGCCUACGAAUCUAUGGCAGUUUAUCGCCUGUCUGCGGGGAUAUCUGUCUCUAAAUUCAAGGCAGCUUGGGAAAGCACUGUUGAACGGUGCAGCAACCUCCGCACCCGCAUGAUUGUUCCCACCAACUCAGCCGACGGCAAAGCCGUGCAAGUUAUCACAACAUUCAAGCCGAGCUGGGAGGACACAGUGGGACACGAUCUGGCUUCUUUCGUCACUGCUGCUAAGAAGAAGCACAUGGGAUACGGUUCAGCAUUGUGUCGCUAUGCUCUGGUGGAGGGCGAACUGCCACAUUUUGUGCUCACAAUCCAUCACGCUACCUACGAUCUUUGGUCUAUGCACCUGAUUCUUUCCGCCCUGAGGGAGGCUUACGACGGAACCGAGGAGCUCAAGCUGCUACCAUACUCGAACUUUGUGAAGCACAUUCAACAAUCUGACCUUGGCAUAACUCAGCAGUACUGGCGUGAACAGCUGGAGGGCGCGAAACCCGCUACAUUCCCUCGUCUGCCAGCCAAUCAGAGGAAAGCGAAAGCCGUGAUGAAAGAGAGAACUGCCAAGAUUGCGAUUCCUGGUUCCAAGAGAACGGAUAUCACCCGCGCAACCUUGCUGCAAGCCGCCUGGAGUAUUGUGCUGGCACGGCACAGCGAAUCUGAUGAUAUUUGCUACGGUGCCACUGUCACUGGAAGGCUCGCUAGUUUAUCAGGAAUAACCAACCUGAUUGGACCUACUAUCACAACAGUCCCCAUGAGAUGCAAAAUCGAUGCCAAUGUGUCUGCUUCGGAGUUCUUGAAUCAGAUCCAGGCGCGCAAUGCUGGCAUGAUCCCACACGAGCAGUACGGGCAUCUAAACAUUGCGAAAUUGAGUGCCGAUGCCAGAGCCGCUUGCGAUUUCUCAACGCUUCUGAUUAUCCAGCCCAUCGAUCAAGUAGCAGCUAUUGGAGGCAAGAAGCCUCUGCUCGAAGAAGACACCACGGUAGCUACCACCAAGCUCUUGGAAGGCGAUCUUCAGGACUACUUUGACAACUCACUCAUCAUCAACUGCCUGUUGUCUGAAGAUAGCGUGGAGCUCAUCAUCUACUACGAUUCCAACAUUGUUUCCGACGAUUCCUUGGCAGCACUCGAGCACCAUUUUGGCCGCGUCACCGAGCAAUUAGCGCGUCAAGAUGAGACGCCGAUCGGGUCGUUGUCGUUGGUUGACCGAUGGGAUCUAGACCUCGCUAUGAAGUCUCAAAAAAUCCCCCAAGCCAACGAGAGCUGCACACAUUGGCUGGUCGAGGAACAAAUGGACCUACACGCAAGUCGCACUGCUGUGAAUGCCUGGGAUGGCGACUUGUCCUACAGGCAGCUUGGCAUGGCCGCAGCAGAGCUUGCCAGUAGACUCCGUGGCCAUGGCAUUGCUGUGGGCGAUCUUGUCCUCACAUGCCUACAAAAGUCCAAGUGGUCUGUUGUGGCGAUGCUCGCGGUUCAGCUAGCGGGUGGCGCGAUCAUUCCGGUAGAGCCAGCUACUUUUGGCCAGUCAAAGCAAGCGAUUCUGGAGACGACGAAGCCAAAACUGGUCUUGACCGAGUCUUCUCUGACAAAACUCUUUGUGGGGUCGGAAUGCAAGAUCCUACUAGCUGACGCUGCUCAAGAGGCACCAGUCAAGAGCUUGCAUGCAGUUCUUCCGUCUCACCCUACUCCGGAGACACUCAGCUUGGUUCUUCUCACCGAUGACGAGUCAAAUGUUAAUGGCGUCAAGCUCACUCAUAGUGCUGUUUCGACAUCUAUUGCAGCAUAUGCAAACGCACUGGGUAUUGAUGAGAGCACUCGAAUGCUGCAACAGGCCUCAUCGGACUCUUUCCUGCGAGUUGUUGAGGUGCUCUCAACCCUCACUACUGGCGGAUGUGUCUGCAUCCCCCAGGAAGACGCUCACCAGAGCGGUCUUGGCAAGGCCAUAGCGGAGUUUAAGGCCAAUGCUACACUUACCACUUCUGAUCUUCUCGAACAUCUUCAGCCAAAUCAGGUUCCUACCCUCAAGACUCUUGGUCUUGGUGGUGAGGAUGCCAGCAAGAAACUACUUGACACUUGGUCAGGUAUCGUCAACACUCACACCUUUUAUGGAACCAAGGAAGCUCUAGUCUGUGCCUGGGGCAAGGUCAAUACUUUUGAUACUGUUAAAAGAAUUGGAGAGCCCCUGUCAGCUGCUUUCUGGGUUGUGGAAGACUCAGAUGCUACUCAGCUUACGCCCGUUGGUUGCAUAGGCGAGCUUGUUAUCGAAAGCCCUUCCAUCGCCAGCGGGUAUCUCAACGAGACUACAUCAACGGCGGAGAACUUCAUUGAUGAUUUAGACUGCCUCCCUGGCGACACGACGCGUCGCGUUUUACGCACUGGCGACCUCGUGCGCAGAAACUUCGAUGGUAGCUUCGAGUACAUCGGUCGCAAAGAGGCUAGCCAAAGAAGCAACGGAAGUAGAAUGGGUCUUUUACAAGCUGAAGAGCAUCUGCGCAAUGGACUUCCCGACUCAAUGAAUGGAACUGUCGCAAAGUUGAGUGGCACAGGCGACGAAGAGCUAGUCGGCCUUUUAUGGUGCACUGGGCAGCUGAGCAUCGGAAGCAAGAUAUCUGUUGUGACUGGGCAAGGGCAAUACGAACUGGAGAAAAUGCUUCCGGAGUUACAUUCUUACCUGAUCGACAAACUACCCAAAUACUUGGUUCCAGCAUCAUUCCUCCUUUUCGAUGGCCCACCCAGUCGACUUUCUUCCGGUCGCUUUAAUCGCCGCGAAAUGCUCAGCCUCGCAAGCCAAGUUCCUGCGGACAAGAGAAUCAGGAUUACACCGAGUAUGAUGUUAAAGGAUCAGCCCGAAACCCCCACCGAGCACAAGCUUCGCGAUCUGUGGGCCAAGCUACUGGGCAUUCCCGCGCCUGAAAUUGGACGAAAUGACAGCUUCCUUGGCAUCGGAGGAGAUUCAAUCAGCGCAAUUCAGCUCGUCACUAUGGCGAGAAAUCGGGGCCUGGGACUUUCUAUCGCGUCAAUUUUCAGAGACCCAAGGCUGAGCGAAGUGGCUGCUUCCGCUGUCGUGAACGAUGCGGAGGACAGUGAAGACCUGGAGCCAUUUGCAUUGCUCCCCAAUAUCCCAUCGGACUACACUAUACACGAAGCCAAGCAGCAGUGCGGAGUCGGCCAAUCUGUUCUGAUUGAGGAUAUGUAUCCUUGCACGAAGCUCCAAGAAGGACUUAUGGCACUUGCGACAUCGAAUGCCGGGUCUUAUGUUGCCCAUCAUGCCUUCCGCCUGGCUGACGACAUCGAUGUUGAAGCAUUCAAGCUUGCCUGGGAGCACACUGUUGAGAUUACGUCAACCUUGCGAACUCGCAUCGUACCCAUUCACGGAACCUUCGUGCAGGUCGUUCUCGAGGAGCACGCUGCAUGGGAAGACCCCAGUGGCCUCAACGUCCAGCAAUACAUAGCUCGCGAUACCAAGGUCGCAAUGGGCUAUGGAACUAGACUCUCCAGAUAUUCCAUUGUGUCCUCCAAGUACUUUGUCUGGACAGUUCACCAUGCCGUUGCGGAUGGCUGGAGCAUCAACCUUGUCUUGGAUCGGGUGAAGAAGAUCUAUCGCCGCAUCGAGGUGCCGGCCAUCAAACCAUUCGCAUCGUUCAUCAAAUACAUCAUGGGCGCGGACCACAGAGCAAGCCAGCAAUUCUGGUCUGACCAGCUUCAAGGCGCAACGCGUACGCCAUUUCCCCCGGACAGUGUCGAAAAAUUCAAGGCCAACGCGAGAUAUUUGAGAGUCAUUCCUCACGCGACCCCAGCAGAUUCGUCAAUCACCAUGGCCACAGUUCUUCGAUCUGCCUGGUCCAUUCUUCUAGGAGGCUACUGCGACACAGACGACAUCUGCUUUGGUACGACAGUCUCCGGUCGCUCUGCACCCGUGGACGGUAUUGAGUUUCUGGCAGGCCCUACCAUUGCUUCUGUUCCUGUGCGUGUCGUUAUUCCUACCCAGAAGAGAAUUGGAGACUUUUUGCGAGACGUGCAAAAUCAGAAUCUCGACAUGAUUCCCCACGAGCAAUUCGGUCUCCAAAGAAUUGCCAAGAUCAGCUCUGAUGCGCGCGAUGCCUGCGAGUUCUCUAGCCUGAUGGUCAUCCAGCCUCAGAGAUUUGGUGGCAAUGCCGAGACAACAGACGUUAUUGCUGAUCGUCUCGAAGAUGACUCAGAUGGUGCGGCUGAUGAUUACUACACUUAUCCGCUUAUUGUGCAGUUCAAUCUCAUGGACUCGGAGUUUGAGAUGAACAUUUUGUAUGCUCCGUCUCAGCUGCCAGAGAGCCGGAUUAUUGCUCUCACUCAUCACAUCGAGCAUAUCGUGGCACAACUUCUAGGCAACCCCGCCAAGCUUGUUGAGGAUGUUUCCACCUCUGGCCCUUGGGAUCUACAGAAAGCUAUGGAUUGGAAUCAGGAAGAUCAAACCACGGUUGACAAGUGCGUACACGAUUUAUUUGAAGAGCAUGUUGCACAGGAUUCUACUCGAGAUGCUGUAUUCACAACCACGCGCACACUAUCUUAUGGUGAACUGGACACGAUGUCUACUCAACUUGCGGCUUAUCUCAAAAGCAUCGGAGUUGGGCCACAGACUAUUGUUCCCAUCUGCAUGGAAAAGUCAAUCUGGCCCACCGUCAGUGCCGUGGCGAUCAUGAAGGCAGGCGGUGCUUUUAUGCCCAUGGACCCUACGCAUCCUUACAAUUAUCGACAAACUCUUGUCAAGGAGGCAAAUGUACGGGUUAUGCUAACCUCACAGAGCUCGUUUGCGGACUGCGCUGGACUCUGCGAGCAUGUCGUCAAUGUCUCGGACUCUCUCCACUGCUUCCAGCUAAACAAACAAGCUGCAGAGACCGCUUUGCAGUACAACCGAGCCACGCCAGAAAAUCCUGUUUAUGUCAUUUUCUCUUCUGGAUCAACGGGUGUACCAAAGGGCAUUGUGGUUGAGCAUCGCUCCUACGUCUCCUCUCUGACGGGGCAUGGAGCACGCCUUGGCUUCUCGCGAGAAUCUCGCACGUUCCAAUUUGCAAACCACGUUUGGGACGUUGUCGCUUUUGAUAUACUUACGACUCUUGCCUUUGGUGGAACCGUCUGUGUUCCGUCUGAAUAUGAGCGCUUGCACAGCACUAUUCCAUUCAUGAACGAAGCGAGGUGCAACACUGCUCUUUUGACACCAAGCUUCAUCAGAACCAUUGAUCCCGAUCUGGUUCCAACUCUCAAAACACUUGCCAGUGGGGGUGAAGCCAUGGACAAGAGUAUUUUGCGAAACUGGGUUGACAAGGCCAAUCUUUUCGACGCUUAUGGUCCUGCAGAAGCAAGUUGCAUUGCAUCCAUUCACCACUACACCUCUCGCACGGAAUCUGGCGGCACAAUUGGUCGUCCAUCACAUAACGCCACCUGGGUUGUCGAUCCAAAGCACCCAGACAGACUGUCGCCCAUCGGCUGCGAAGGAGAGCUUGUCAUUCAAGGUCCGGCAGUUGCGCGCGGCUACCUCAACAAUUCUUCUCUUACAGGGAAGCACUUCUCAUCAACAGUUCAAUUCUUACCUGAAGAACUCAUUUCUAAGUCUGCCCGUUUUUACUGGACGGGCGACCUGGUCAAGUACAACGACAAGGGCGAGAUGCUUUACAUGGGCCGUCGAGACGCCCAGAUCAAAUUGAGAGGCCAGCGCAUCGAACUUGGACACAUCGAACACAAAAUUGAGGCGGCCGCUCCCCAAUUGGAAGCGGCUGUUGUCGAAGUCAUUCACAAAGGAACGCCGGCUGCUUCCUUGGUUUGUCUGAUGAAGCUAGCAAGCAACGAUUGCAAUUCGGGCGCUGAGGAGCAGCUGCUACUACCAAAUACAGAAGCUCUCGCUUCUUACGUGCGCAGCGUCAGAGACAAGUUGAUUGGUGUCCUGCCGAACUACAUGAUUCCCGCCUAUUUUAUCCCUGUUUCCGAAGUUCCUAAAAGCAGAGCAGCGAAAACCGACCGCAAGCUUAUUCGCGAGUCUGUCGAAAGCCUGUCUUCAGAGAACUUGAAGACAUAUUUGGCGACAGCUGGAGCUGAAUUCUGCGAUGCUGCAAAUGAAACCGAGCGAACCAUUCGAGACGCCUGGGCGGCUGUUCUGCGACUUGAGACAGAGGACAUCAGUACCAAUGACAACUUCUACGAGAUUGGCGGAGACUCUAUUUCCAUCAUCACACUUUUGAAGCGAAUCCAGAACGAAUUUGGAGUUCAUCUUGGCCUUUCAAUGAUGAACAGCAAGAGCACGACAAUUUCACAGAUGGCCAAAUUCGUCGAUGCCGACACUUCCAGUGAGCCCAGCGUCGAUGUGCAGCGCGAGGUCGCAGCGGCCCUUUCUGCAUCCUGGGUCAAGUCAAUCAAAACUGCCGGCUUUGUUUCGAGGCCAGCGCUUCCUGCCCAGGCCUCUGUUUUCCUCACGGGCGCAACAGGCUUCCUGGGUACUCAGCUUCUGCGUAGCUUACUAGUGAAGGACAGUGUUCGGCGCGUGGUUGCCCUUGUGAGGGCCAAGUCCGCUGAGCACGGGUUGGAAAGAUUGAAGGAAACAGCCAGAAUCGCUGGAUGGUGGGACGAUGUGUACGAGGAGCGCGUGGAAGUAUGGACGGGCGAUUUGGAGGACGCCAAGCUGGGACUAAAAGAGGAGCAGUGGAUGCAGCUGGCUGGUACAUCUCCUUCUGGCCAAAUCGACGCUGUUGUCCAUAAUGGCGCCAUUGUCAAUUGGAACGCAGACUACGAGAAGCUCAAGAACGCCAACGUCCGGUCUGUGUUGGACUUGCUCCAGGCAGUUGUGGAAUCACCUCAUGCGCCGCGCUUCGUUUUCGUGUCGGGGGGUGUUUCUGUCGACAUUGACGCGGAUCCGGCGGCUGUUGCGGACGAGAUGAACACCAGCAUCGGCUACUGCCAGACAAAGUACGUUGCUGAAAAGGUUGUGCACCAUCUUGCAACGGCGCUACCCUCGUCGCAAAACCGCUUCUCCGUUUUGAAGCCAGGCAUGAUAAUCGGUACGGCUGCCGAAGGGGUCGCCAACCUGGACGAUUUCCUCUGGCGCUUCGUCGCGACCGCCGCCAAGAUACAGCUUUACCCCCUCGACGCUGAGCCGGGUUUUGUACCGGUCUCCGAUGGCGGUCUGGUUGCUGCCAGAACACUUGGGCAGAUCACCGAAAACAAUAUCGAUGCCUUUGUCAACCUGUCGACCGAGCUGGGUCUUGCGACCCCAGACUUCUGGGCGCAUGUCAACGCGGAGCUGGGCAAAGUUUGCACACCGAUCGACUGGGCUACCUGGCUGGAGCGCGCCCUUCAAGACAUGAACGAGACGGGCGAAUCGCACCCUCUGUGGCCGGUCCAGCACUUUGCGGCCGGUGGCGGUAUAUCUGGGACGGCUACGCUCUCUGCACCAGACGAGGCCGAGCUUGGACGUGCAGUGCGGUCCAAUGUCCGCUACCUGAAGCAAGUUGGCUUCAUCAGCGGCGCAGAUGAGCAGGUGCAGGUUCAAGGCGUCCUGCGUCGCGGUGUGCGACGAAGCUAG